GCACACACAUACACACUCACUGGGAUAUGGGUACACACGCACACUCACUGGGGUAUGGGCACACACACUCACUGGGGUAUGGGCACACACACUCACUGGGGUAUGGGCACACACAUACACACUCACUGGGAUAUGGGUACACACGCACACUCACUGGGGUAUGGGCACACACACUCACUGGGGUAUGGGCACACACAUACACACUCACUGGGAUAUGGGUACACACGCACACUCACUGGGGUAUGGGCACACACACUCACUGGGGUAUGGGCACACACACUCACUGGGGUAUGGGCACACACAUACACACUCACUGGGAUAUGGGUACACACGCACACUCACUGGGGUAUGGGCACACACACUCACUGGGGUAUGGGCACACACGCACACUCACUGGGAUAUGGGUACACACGCACACUCACUGGGGUAUGGGCACACACACUCACUGGGGUAUGGGCACACACACUCACUGGGGUAUGGGCACACACACUCACUGGGGUAUGGGCACACACACUCACUGGGAUAUGGGUACACACGCACACUCACUGGGGUAUGGGCACACACACUCACUGGGGUAUGGGCACACACACUCACUGGGGUAUGGGCAUUCUCUCCCCACUCCCCAUUGGGAGCGAGUCCCCCUUCCCCCCCAGCCCCCACACUUCCCAUGAGAGUGAGUCUCCCUCUGUCUUUUGGGGGCAAGAUAUUUUUUUUCCCCUCAAUCCUUGGUUUGGUUUUCAUGGGUGACGGUCUCAUAUUGACCGCCUUUGCCCCUCCCCCGUCACAGUUCCCCCCCGUUAACGGGGGAGAUCCAGCUCCGUCUCUGCCCUGCGGACUCCCUCUCCUGAUCGGAAAAGCCUCUUUGACUCGGCCAGAACCCUUUAUGUCUCACGUGAAGCCCCUGUGUCUGAGAAUCUGUGGUAGUGCGCGGUUUACACACGUGGGCCCGGUCAGAUUGAGGGCAACAGAACCACCAGCCCCGCCGUCCCAACUUGCAAAGGGGGCCCGGGACAUGUAUUUUUGUUUUAUAUUUAAAUGUGCCACUUGCGUUACCCCUUGACCGUUUCAAUAAACGUACUUUUUUCUGCCAGAAA